UUGGCGCGAGCGCGGAGCGUUAGGUGUCUUCUAGGAGGCUUGGCGCGCCUCAGAGGAGGGGCAGGAGGUGGCCGGACUGAGGGAAACUGGGUUCCUGCCUCUGGGAACUCACGGAGAACCCGAGCUUUCUUGUCUCGCGACUCAGAGGGGAUUGGGACGGAGAAAGAUUUGGAAGAGAUAUGCCGGUACCUCUUGACUGUUCAGGGGCUGAAUCUCAAUUGAGCCAUACUCCUCUGCCAGUGCCUGCCUUCUUCAGGGAAGCAGAAUGCAGUUUUUCAAUCAAAAGGGCCCGCCAACCACUCAGUUAUACCCUUCCUCCACGGCCACGCCACAAGAGCACAUUAACUGUGAGCCGAAUUUUCUCUGACCGCCGUCUGCAGCCUUGGACCAAGCUCCAGCCACGCAGUGUUUCCUUCCAUGGCUCACACAAGCAGCAAUCACCUCUACAUAGUCAUCUGUAUGAUGCCUCUAAAAGAGAGCUGUUUUUCAGGCAGUGUUUCCAGAAACUCAGCUGUUUGGGACGAGGAUCUUUUGGGGAAGUAUACAAGGUACGGUCUCGUGAAGAUGGUCAGUUGUAUGCAGUAAAGCGCUCUGUGGAGCCUUUCCGGGGUGAGGGUGACAGGCAGCGCAAAUUGGCUGAGGUGCGCAAGCAUGAACAUGUGGGGCACCAUCCCAACUGUGUGAGCUUUGUACAGGCCUGGGAGGAGCGUGGACAACUGUACAUCCAGACAGAGUUGUGCCCUGGCACCCUGUUGCAGUACUGUGAGGAGUAUGGGCCCCUGUCCGAAUGGCAAGUUCAGGCCUUCCUCUGGGAUUUGCUUCAAGGACUGCGCCAUUUACAUGAUCAUAACCUUCUACACAUGGAUGUCAAGCCAGCUAACAUCUUCCUAUCAUCUACCAAUGUCUGUAAGCUGGGAGACUUUGGCCUAAUGCUGGAGUUGGACUCUGGGGAUCUGAAUGAUGCUCAAGAAGGGGAUCCACGCUACAUGGCCCCGGAGUUGCUCCGUGGAGAAUAUACCAAGGCUGCUGAUGUCUUCAGCCUUGGCAUAACUAUCCUAGAAAUUGCCUGUAAUAUGGAGCUCCCCAAUGGAGGUGAAGGCUGGCAGCAGCUUCGACAGGGUUAUCUGCCCCCUGAAUUCACUGCAGGUCUCUCUGUCGAGCUGCGAAAACUUCUGGUUGCCAUGUUGGAACCUAAUCAUCUUCUCCGGCCCUCAGUGGAGAUGCUGCUUAAUUCUAGUCUCAUGCAGAAAACUGAGAGGUGGCGAAAACUGAUGUUGUUAGCACAAUCUGGGAUCCAGCAGGGAGUCUCCAUGUACAAGACUCUCCUCAGGUUCAUGCAGUGGCUCUGGGGAGCUCUGUGCAGUCCAGCUCAUUGGUUGCUCUUUUGGCAUCAGACUGUUCCAGUCACACCACCACAUUCACCCUUCCUCCUUCCACUAGAAAACAGCAGUCUCUCUAGUGACUGGGGCGAAGAAGAUGAGGGUGAUGAAGAGACCCUUGGUGAGGAUGUAUUUGAGCUCUCAGAGAUAAGUGAACGACAUAACCACACUUGCCCUGUGGAGCUGCAGUCCUCAGAUAAACAACCUGGUUCCCCUCUGCUGACCAUAUGCCCAUGUACAGGAAGCACCUCCACACCACGGCAUCCCUCACCUCAACAGACUAGUUGCAGGAAAAACAGGUCUUUUGCACUCCCGGGAAGUCCCAACCUUAGUUGCGUUAGUCUGGAGUCCCCAUACAACAGCCCCACUUCAUCAGACUUGUUACCUGUGAAUAGCUUGCAGCACACACUAGCAUAUGAUGAUGCAGAAGAUGAAUGGGAAUCAGUUUUACCUCAAUGCUCAAAUCAUUGCUCCACUUUUGAGCCAAAAAAUUUGUUAAGCUUAUUCGAGGACUCUCUGGCAUCUGAGCAAAAGUGUCAGAGCUGAUGGGGGAACUGUAUUUAUUUGCUGGUUUGUUUAGGCCCUUUUUUGGUACUGAAGGGGUUCCUGCCAUUAGCAUUAUGCUAGAGGUCAGUAUGCUCAGAGGCACUGGGUUAUGACCAAGCUCAGUCUAGCAAAGGAGAGGCAAGAUUUGUAUGGAUGCUUCGCUGUGCGUACGUUUUGUCUGCUUGAGUCAUAUAUAAUGCUGUUUUUGAGAUACCAGUUCUUGCCUUCAGGACUUAAGAAUAGUAUUUGCUGGCAAUCAGUAGAAAGCAGAUCAUACUGUCUCACCAUUUAAGAGAAAAGGCAUCCUACUUUUUAUGAAUUUGAUUAAAUACAUUCUGUACACAUUGCUUUUUUAAGUUUUGUCCCCUUCUGUGUCCCAGAGAUUUGCUGCCAUUUGUGGGCUUGGGAAUCGGGACUGAAUAAUCUUUCAUUCUGGGGUUUUACAAAGGUGGCAGCUGUAAGUCAUGACAAUAAAAGCAUUCAGAAUUUCCACUUAUUGGUCUGUUUCUUUUUUAAAAACAUGACUUGACUAUAAAGUACAACUCCAUAAAGAAAAAAAAAAAGACCGAAAGGAGAUACGUUAUUUAAACCCAAGCCAAAUAGACAAGGAAAGCCAUUUCAGUUUUGUUUAACUGAAGGAAAUCUUGAAAAUACAGAUCUUCAGAGAAGUGACUGUAAACUGAGCACACGCCUUUGAUAAAUUCUAAAGCUUAUUAGCUGCCCAUAUCUACUGUGUCUCACUUGUUUUCAGGACUUUGCAGUCAGGUUACAUGAGAUGCCCUGUUCUUACUGGGUAGAGAAAAAGGUGACUGGUGAUUGAUAAAAAUGUGCUUUUCUGGAAGCUUGUUCAGUCUACUUUACUGAGCUUCAAUUAGGAUAUGAUUAGCAUGCAUGUGUCCUCUUAGACUAACAUACUCAGCUGAGAGCCUACUGAUGAGUUAACAUGCUAUCUACUCAUCUUUCAGUCAGCAAAAAAACCCUGUACCAGCAUGAAAUUUGCUGCCACCAUUGCCAAUCAUUGUCCUGCCUCUAUGGCAUCUGUUCUGGCUCACUGAAUGGCACCAUUUUGAUUUUAUGUAUGCAACGCAUGACAACCAAAGCAGUCAGCUGAUUUUUCUGGCUUUACUGUUUUUCCUCUUCUGCAUAUCAGCAGCUAGUAGGAAAAACAUCCACCAGUCAUGGUACAAGAGGAAGUAGGGGUUUGGGGGGACAAUCUGGUUACAGGAUAGUGUCCCUCAUCUGUAGGCUUCCUCCUCCUGUACUCUUAUGCUAUAACCCAAGCUGAAGUUAAAAAGUCGCUGAGGAAGCUGAGUUACAAGCAGCAUUUUUAUCUAGGAUUGUCCAUUGCUCUCUUUCCUUUUCCUUAAAUAGGCAAUAAAUGCUGUUUGACCAGAUUCCUCUAUGCUGUUUGACUAGCAAAGGGGCAAAAAGUACAUUGAUCCCAUCAUUCUGUUAUUAGGUGAUUUCAUCCUUGUGCUAACCUGGUAAAAAUCAUAAAGUUAAAGCCCAGCAUUGCCAGCUUAGUACUACUGCAUAAUUCUGACAAAUCACUAGCAGAGUGCUGCUGUGUCCAGCUUUUUCGGGAGACAGCAACAGAAUGGCAGCAGGCACGGUUGACCAGAGAAGAGGACACGCCCAAACAGUAUGAAACAGGCAAUAUGUGCCUUGCUGUUUCUACCAGUACUGACCACCUGAUUUUUGCCUCCAAAAUAAUAGGUGACAAAGUAUAAUAGGUUUUAUACUUUGUGGCUCCUAUUAGGAAAUCCCUAUUUGUUUUACAUAAAGACAAAAUGAACGUGUGCUAAAACCAUUCCAUUUAUCAGCAUACUUAAUAGGUGUAGUUUAGUUCCAGUGCUGAACUUAAAUUUCAGUAGCAAGAGUUCUGGGCUUCACAGAUAAGGUGAGAAUAAUGAAGUUUAAGGCAAAAUUAUCUUAAGUACCAGUCACAACUCUCUUAACCAGCAUGUCCUGGGAUUGGUUUUGUUUAACUGUGUUAUGUUAAUCUUUUUACCUGAUGAAGAGAUCUUAGAAAUUCCAAAGCUAGCACCCCAUUUUGUAAAAUUUAAAUUGGUCUAAUAAAGGUCCUUCUACAUGUUUUUUUUUUUCCUUUUAGCCAAUACAGCUGUUUCAUAGCUGAUCUAAUCCUUAUUCUCUCUAGCCUAGGUUGUAACAGGAAUGAGGUGCUAAAUUUUUGUCCAGGCAUUGAAUUUCAGAGUCUGAAUUGUAAGUGUAUGUGGGUAUUUUUAAAAUAUAAGGGUAUAUCAUGUAAUUCUAGUUGAAAAGCCAGAAAUCAGAUUUCUAAAACAUCAAGAGAAUACAGGGUACAAACUCUUAUUCACUUUCAGGUGAAUGUGAUGAAACUUUUAGAAUGUAGAGCCAAUUAUUUAACUUUUCAGUUAAAUUAAUUUCUUUCAAUAAAUAAGCUACUAGCACUGAGCUGAACUCUGUCUCGCUAAACAUUUUUUUGCAGUUAUGUUUUUUUUAUAAAACAUGCAGUUAUUUUAUGAAAAUAUAGAGAAAGCUUGUAGUAUUAGAAUCUUCAACUAUGAUUUCCAGGAGAAACGUGCGAUUCUUCACUUGUGAAACGUUCCAGCUAGCUCCAGCCAGCACGGUAAUUUUCGCUGAACCACAGUUCAAGGUUAUAGCUCUUACCCUUAGCAGUAAUUUGUUCAAUUUUAGAGACACAGUAAAAACUGUCAGUGUGAA